AUGGAGGAAGAGAAAUCUAUGUCGAGGAAGGAAGAUUCGAAGAGGAGUCGCCGAGAUCGUGAUCGGAGUAAGGAGCGGAAGAAGGAUCGAAGUCCGGAGAAGGAAAGGCGAAAGAGACGAUCUGAGAGAGUUAGGAGAAGUGAUUCCGAAGAUCGGAGACGGAAGGAGAAGGAGAGAAAGAAGCGUCGCAGCGAUUCUGAAGAAGAAGAAGAAGAAGACGAGAGGGAUAAACGGAGAGGACACAGAGAACGUGGUAGAGGCAAAAGUCGGAGAAAGGAACAUAGGAGAGAAGAAGAAGGUGAGAAAGUAAGGGAAAGAGACGAUGGUGUUGAAGAGAGUGAUGAUAGUGUCAAGCGUAGCGAUUCUGAAGAAGAGGUUGAUAGACGCAGAAGACACCGAGAAGAUGAGAGAGAUAGAGGCAAAGAUCGGAAAAGAGACAGAGAUCAUAGAGAGAGGAGAAAAGGUGAGAAAGAAAGGGAAAGAGAUGAUGGUAUUGAAGAGAGAGAUGAGAAACGUAGAAGAAAAGAGAGUGAAAAGAGUGUUGGUAGAUCUAGCAAGGAUGUAGUAGACAAUGGUGAGAAGAAAGAGAGGAAGACUCGAGAAGAAGAAGUAGAGGAAGAGCAGAAGCAUUUGGAUGAGGAGGUUGAGAAACGGAGAAGAAGAGUUCAAGAGUGGCAAGAGUUGAAGAGAAAAAAGGAAGAAACCGAAACUGAAACUAAGGAUCUAAAAGAAGGUAAAGUUUGGACUCUUGAAGGAGAAUCUGAUGAUGAACAAGAGGAGAAACCAGAAACAGAAAUGGAUGUUGAUGGAGAGACUAAACCUGAAGAUGAUGGUGAUGCCAAAAUGAUAGACUUGGAGAAUACUGUCUCCGAGACUGGAGCUGAUGUUGCUGAAGAUGAAGAGGUAGAUCCUUUAGAUGCUUUUAUGAAUUCUAUGGUAUUACCUGAGGUUGAGAAGCUUAGCAGUAGUGAUACUCCCACAGUAGUAGACAAGGAUAGUGUUUUGGAUUCUAAGAAGAGUGGUGACAAACAAAAGAAAGCUUUUAAUAAAGCUCUUGGUAGAAUAUUUGAAGGUGAAGAUUCUGAUUCUGAUUAUACAGAAACAAAUGAUGAUGGUGAUGAUCCAAGUCUGGAAGAAGACGAUGAGGAGUUUAUGAAGAGGGUCAAGAAAACAAAAGCUGAGAAAUUGUCUCUUGUUGACCACUCAAAAAUACAGUAUGAGCCUUUCCGCAAAAACUUCUAUAUCCAAGUGAAUGAUAUCUCAAGGAUGACACCGGAAGAAGUUAACGAUUACAGAAAGGAAUUGGAGCUGAAAGUUCAUGGAAAGGACGUACCAAGACCCAUCAAAUUUUGGCACCAAACUGGGCUAACCAGCAGAAUUUUGGAUACGUUGAAGAAGCUUGACUAUGAAAAGCCAAUGCCUAUCCAGGCACAAGCACUCCCAAUCAUCAUGAGUGGUAGAGACUGCAUUGGAGUUGCAAAAACAGGGUCAGGUAAAACCCUUGGUUUUGUUUUGCCGAUGUUGAGGCACAUCAAAGAUCAGCCUCCCGUGGAAGCUGGUGAAGGGCCAAUUGGGCUUGUAAUGGCACCUACUAGGGAGCUUGUUCAGCAGAUUCACAGCGAAAUCAAAAAGUUUGCCAAGGCGUUGGGUAUAAGAUCUGUCCCUGUGUAUGGAGGAUCAGGAGUUGCCCAGCAAAUCAGUGACCUUAAGCGAGGUACUGAGAUUGUUGUGUGCACUCCUGGCAGAAUGAUUGACAUUCUUUGCACUAGCGGCGGGAAAAUCACAAAUCUGCGAAGGGUCACAUUUUUGGUAAUGGAUGAAGCUGACCGUAUGUUUGACAUGGGUUUUGAACCUCAGAUCACCCGUAUCGUUCAAAAUAUUCGACCUGAACGGCAAACUGUGCUCUUUUCAGCGACUUUUCCACGCCAAGUUGAAACUUUGGCACGUAAAGUCUUGAACAAACCUGUAGAAAUACAAGCUGGUGGAAGGAGUGUUGUGAAUAAGGAUAUAACUCAGUUAGUUGAAAUCAGACCGGAGAGUGAGAGGCAGUCUAGACUCCUGGAGCUUCUUGGGGAAUGGUAUGAGAAAGGGAAAAUAUUAGUCUUUGUUCAAUCGCAGGAAAAAUGUGAUGCUUUGUACAAGGAUCUGAUGAACCGAUGUUACCCUUGUUUAUCUCUUCACGGUGGUAAGGAUCAGACUGAUCGUGAAUCAGCUAUAUCUGAUUUUAAGAGCAACGUCUGCAAUUUGAUGAUUGCGACAAGUGUUGCAGCGAGGGGUCUAGAUGUGAAAGAGCUUGAAUUGGUUGUAAACUUUGAUGCACCGAACCAUUAUGAAGACUAUGUGCAUCGCGUUGGCAGGACAGGCAGGGCAGGGCGGAAAGGAUGCGCUGUGACAUUUAUCUCGGAGGAUGAUGCAAAAUAUGCACCAGAUUUAGUCAAAGCCCUGGAACUUUCUGAGCAGCCAGUUCCUGAUGAUCUUAAAGCAAUUGCGGAUGGUUUCAUGGCGAAAGUGAAACAGGGUAUUGAGCAAGCUCAUGGAACUGGCUAUGGUGGUAGUGGCUUUAAAUUCAACGAAGAGGAGGAAGACGUUAGGAAAGCAGCGAAGAAAGCACAAGCGAAGGAGUAUGGCUUUGAGGAGGACAAGUCUGACUCGGAAGAUGAAAAUGACGUAGUAAGAAAGUCUGGUGGUGGUGAUAUCUCACAGCAGCAGCAGGCCGCUGUUGCUCAGAUAGCCGCCAUUGCUGCUGCCGCUAAAUCUUCUGCUCCUGUGACUACUACUAACCAAUUGGUUCCUAAUGGUGUCCUUCCGGUUACUCUUCCUAGUAUUAUUAGUGAUGGAGCUGGCCGUGUUGCAGCCAUGGUUGCUGCCGCCAACCUGCAACAUAAUCUUGCAAAGAUUCAAGCUGAUGCAAUGCCCGAACAUUACGAAGCGGAAUUGGAAAUCAAUGAUUUCCCGCAGAAUGCUCGUUGGAAGAUCACUCACAAAGACACUCUAGGUCCGAUAUCAGAUUGGAGUGGAGCCGCCAUUACCACUAGAGGUCAGUUUUAUCCUCCAGGACGUAUUCCGGGACCUGGGGAACGCAAGCUCUACUUGUUCAUCGAAGGGCCUACCGAAAAAUCAGUUAAGGCAGCGAAAGCUGAUCUCAAGCGUGUUCUUGAAGACAUUACUAAGCAGGCCAUGUCACUUCCUGGAGGAUCGCAACCCGGCAGAUACUCUGUUCUAUAA